AAACACAAGUCCAGCUCACCAAAGCACCGGCAAAGGGACGUGUUGUUGUCACAUAACACCGCUGGUCAGGAAAGGAGACGGAUACCUUCUCGGUCUCUACAUUUAGAUGUCUAACCUGCACCAACAACUCCUUUGCUGUCCACCGGAGAAAACUAAAAUCUUCCCAGGAAGCAGACACUUCAGCGGUGUAACAAACAGAGAUGGCCUCGGUGAAAAAAGACGACAGACUGACGAGUUCCCAGAGCUUAAUGUGCGUCGGUUUCGCCGGGUUUUUCAGUAAAACCGUCACGUCGCCCUUGGAGGUGGUUAGAAUUAAAAGUCAGGUGGGCACUUUUCACUGUAAGAGGGGUUUCCUGCAUAGCUUCCUCUUAAUCUACCAGAAUGAGGGACUUCGAGGAUUUUGGAAAGGAAACCUCGCCUCUUGUCUACGGUUGGUCCCCUACACUGCAGUUCACCUCACAACAUACAAAAAGUUAGUCCACCUUCACAUGGAUGAACUGGGCUUCAUCUCUCAGUGGAGAGCCAUAUUGGCUGGUGGACUGGCUGGUGCUGUUGCUGCGCUGACCACGUACCCUCUGGAGGUGGCAGAAACCCGGCUCAUCGCUCAAAACUGCAGACAACCUGUGUACAUGGGCGUAGUUCAUACUAUCUCAAAGAUCUACAGGAAUGAGGGGCUGCUUGCGCUCUACAGGGGCUUUUCCCUCACUUUACUGGGUGCUAUUCCCUUUUCUAUCGGAUGCUAUGCAGUCCACAUGAACUUGGAUCAGCUCUGGCAGGAGCCUCCUUUUCGCUUCACCCCCCUCCAGAACUUCAUUAAUGGCUGCCUUGCAGCGGGAGUGGCUCAAACCCUUUCUUACCCUUUUGAAACUGUAAAGCGGAAGAUGCAGGCGCAGAGUGCCCGCCUUCCCCAUUUUGGAGGAGUCGACGUCCAUUUCAGUGGAAUGAUGGACUGUUUCAUACAGGUUGUAAAAAACAAGGGCGUCCUCUCACUGUGGAACGGCCUUACAGCCAACACAAUAAAGAUUGUUCCCUACUUUGGCCUUCUUUUCACCUGCUUCGAGAUGUGUAAGCAGGUUUCCCUUUACCGCAAUGGAUACAUCGUCUCACCCCUGAGCUACAAACUUGCCCCGGGAGUCGACCAAAGCCUCGGGCCGUACGAGCUGGAGGAGGCAAAGCGCUACUUGAAAAACAGGAACUUUGAGUCAGGGGAGUCGUCGUUAGGAAAAUGCUGGUGAAACUUGACCCGAGAAGAUCUCUUGUAAACACAAAGUUGACUGCUGACCAGCUAAACAAAAUACUAUUCUUCAUAGGAGGAGUUAAUAUGCAUUUGUAUUAUGUCCUGUUAGCAACUGACUACCUCUUUCAUUGACAUUAUUCUAUCCGAUAGUAUUAUUUGAAUAAUUGACAUCCUUUUUGUCUUUCCAUGUUUUAACCAAAUAUUAUGUGCCUUUCGCUUUGACUAUUUAUUUUAAGACUCAUUUAGCAUUAACAUCAAACAGUGUCAUUCUGUAGUUUAUUAAAAUUACAAAAUGCUAAUGCUCUUCUACUCUUAUGUGUGAUUAUAUUUUCAAUGUACAAAGAAUGUAAAAAUGUUGAUGUUCUUAUCUUUGAGAAGACGCUUACAUUGAAACUUCACAUACAGAUUAGUUUUUUAUGUUUAUUUGAAAUCUUUGUUGUAUAUUUAUAACCUCAGUUGAUUUAACCUUCAGGGAGAAGGAGAACAACAUCCUCAUGAAACUAACUAGGUUCACAAGGACACGUUUUUUUUUGUUCUUCCUUUUUUACAUUGUCGGUAAUUGAUGACAAUUUAUUGUGUAAAAAUGGCAUUUAAUGUCUACUACUAUAAUAAUUGAUAGUCUCUAUACUGUCUUCCUUUUGUUAGCAAUAGGCAGAAAUUGGUCUUGGUUCUGCAUGUGCCAAAUCUGAUUUUAAAAGGGUAAAUUAACAUGAAAGCACAACAGAAUAGAAACAUUAAAAAGAGCAACAAGUAAUCAGUGGUGGGGGCUCAAGGAUAGAGAUUCAAGGAUAAAAAUAAAUAAAUGAUAAUAAAUAAACCGAUUUUAAUAACAAAUAAAGGCAUUGUUUCAAUGGA